AUGACGGCCUUCCAUCAGCCAUCUACUUUGAACCAGCUGGAGCUCCCGUUCGAACAGGAGCUCGGCCAGUUCGAUUCGAGCUAUUCCACCCAAUGCACGCCUAAUCCUCUCGAUGAUAUCUUCCCAAGCCCUCGAUCGACACCUACUCAGCUCGGCUCCCAGCUCUCCAGCCAACUCUGUUUUUCAUUGGACGCCAUCGAAACAUCUUUCAACGCUGCUUCCCCAGAACCGCCAGUUCUUCAGAAGCCAGGUCCUGUAGAUCCAUCACCAGCUCCAGUGACUCUUUCGCUCGAUUCAAUUGCUCCUGGCACUAUCAUCUCCGAUGGCGGAAGUAAUAGCUUCGAGCUCGUUGUUGAAAACGGCGUUCGAAAGCUCGUCCCUGUGAUGCUCUCCUCGAUGCCUGCUAUUGUCAAAACUGAGAUGGCUUCUCCACCCGCAUCGCCAGAUUCGAUUUCUUCUGUCGAUUUGAACAAGAAACUCGCCCAAAAUCGAAAGGCAUCGAAGCGAUACCGGGACAAGAAAAAGGCUGACGAGAAGAAGUUGCUCGAAGACGUCGAUCGACUCGAGAAGGAAAAACAUCGUCAAGAACUCAUGCUCGAGCGAAAGAAAGCAAAGAAGGAACUCCUUCUCUCUCUCAUUUCCCAGAAAUUUUCCCGUGUAGUGUACCACUAA